GUCCAAGAUGAUCAGUCCCUCCUCGUAAUCUUCUUGUGUUUCACGUCGCUCGCUCACACAGCUUUUUCUCACUCACCCACGAUAUAACGAUAUAAUUCACGGCCGUUCUGGUCUGCACUCGUUUCUUUGAGCACACAAUCGCUUCCCACAAACAAACUCCAAAACAACAAAAAAAAAAGCUGGACUUGUCUGCUUGGCAACCAACACUCUGCCAAGCUCCAAAAAUGCGAUCUCUCACCCUGAUGCCCGUGCUGGCAACGGUCCUCAGCCUGGGGACCGCAAAGCCGACGCCAACGAAGCCCGAGCCGCCGAGCAAGCGGGCCUCGCUGCCGACUGUGACCAUGUCCGGAAAUGCGUUCUGGCAGGGCAAGGACCGGUUCUAUAUCCGCGGCAUCGACUACCAGCCGGGCGGGUCGUCGGCCAUGGCUGAUCCGCUGGCCGAUCCGAACGUCUGCAAGCGGGACAUUGCCGAGUUCAAGAAGCUGGGCGUCAACACGGUGCGUGUGUAUAUCACCGACAACUCGGCCAACCACGACGAGUGUAUGAACGAGCUGGCCGAUGCCGGCAUCUAUGCCAUCAUCGACGCCAACAACCCGCUCUACUCCCUCAACCGGCUCGAUCCCGGUCCGUCCUACAACACCUUGUACCUGCAGAGCGUCUUCGCCACCAUCGACGCCUUCAUCAAGUACGACAACACGCUCGCCUUCUUCUCGGGCAACGAGGUCAUCAACGACAACGUCAACAGCACGCUCGCCGCCCCCUACGUCAAGGCCGUCACCCGCGACAUGCGCCAGUACAUCAAGUCCCGCAACUACCGCUCCGUCCCCGUCGGCUACUCGGCCGCCGACGUGGCCCAGAACCGCAUGCAGCUGGCCCAUUACAUGAACUGCGGCACCGACGACGAGCGCAGCGACUUCUUUGCCUUCAACGACUACUCGUGGUGCAACACCAACUUCCACGAGUCCGGCUGGGACCAGAAGGUCAAGAACUUCACAGGCUACGGCAUCGCCAUCUUCCUCUCCGAGUACGGCUGCAUCACCAACGGGCGCGACUUCGGCGAGGUCAAGGCGCUGAUGAGCUCCGACAUGACGCCCGUGUACUCGGGCGGGCUGAUGUACGAGUACGCGCUCGAGGACAACGGGUACGGCAUCGUCAAGAUCGACGGCGACAAGGUUGAGGAGCAGCCCGAGUUCAAGAAGUUCGCCUCGGCCCUGUCCGCCAACCCGGCCCCCACCGGCGACGGCGGCUUCACCUCCACCACCAAGGCCGUCGCCUGCCCGACCAAGGACGCCAACUGGCUUGUCGACACCACCCUGCUCCCGGCCAUUCCUGAGAAUGCCAAGAAGUUCAUGACCGACGGCGCGGGCACCGGGCCCGGCCUGAAGGGCUCCGGCUCGCAGAACGCCGCCGACUCGGGCACCAGCGCGGGCGACGCCCAGCCCGGGUCCGGCGCCGCCUCCGGCUCGUCGUCCAGCAGCAGCGAGAACGCCGCCGCCCCCGCCGGCCGCGUCGCCCUUGCCGGCAUCGACAAGGCCCCCUUCGUCAUCACCGGGCUGGUGAUGCUGCUGACCCUCACGGGGACGUUGCUGCUUUGAGUGGGUGCCGGGGGAGUGAUGAUCCUUGAAAGGGUGGGGGGGAUUCCUGAAAAAGGGUGGUCGUGGUGAUGAAUUGACUUCUUUUCCUUACCUUAUGCUGUUCUGGUGUCCUAUUUGUUGUGUACAAUGAUAAUGGGGAGGUGAGUGUCUUCAUCUGGGGAGCCCGGGAAAACGGGGACCAGGUUGGGUUGUUUUAUUUGUAGAGUUGCACUCGUAAUAUGGUCGGCCGGUCGCUGGAGCGAGGGUCUUUUUCUGCUUUGGUCUUCUCUAGAAUGGAAUCGAGUUGUCGACAUUCGGAGACUCCAGUCAUCCGCCGCGCCUGACAAACCGGGCGACUCCGCCUGAAUUACGCUAGGUGCGUGAAGGAUCGAUCAAUGGUAACUUCCCCUUUCCUUUACCUGC